AUGGGAAUCAGGGGGUUGUGGAACUUACGUGUGGACGGCUGCUGGUACCGCUUCCGUCAUCGGAUUCGAGUGAGCCCACCAGAAGCAGCUGAGACAGUUUGUAGAGUCAAGCAGAUAUAUAACAAGACCAUCAACCUUGAACAGUGGGAUCAAGUCCCUUUUCCAAGCCCGCUAGAUUCAUACUUCGAUUUUGUCUACACGAUCGAUCACGAUGCGGGCACCUUCACUCUUUCAAAGCGGUCGGCUGUUGAUGGCGUUCCGACGCCCCAAGCAUUUGAAGCUAGCCUGGCCAAGAUAUGUGAAACCUCCAGCAUUUCCGUUGAUAAGCCUGGAACCAUGGAAUCUCCCAAUGGAUUUGCCUACAGCCAUGAUCGAGCUUCAACAACAAUUCUUCUUAGACUUCAUCUUUCUAUGGCGCUCCUAGAUUGA